GUUCUGCAGCAGAAAAAGAAAUUACUGGGCUCGCCAGCUGGUCUGGGAGUUUUGACGUUUAGGAAAGGGCGUGUUUACUUAAUUGAAAAGUUUGGUUUUGAACUUGUUUUUAAUGCGUAUUCUAACAGCGUGAAGAAUGAAGACGCUAAUUAUCCGUCCUGGAGUUCACAGUAGUUUAAUAACACGAACUUGGUAAAUACGAGAAAUGAAUCCCAGCGACACAGAACAAUUUGAAGAUGAAUGGUCUGACAUACAAGAGCGGUUCAAGAAAGAAGGGCUUGAUUUUGAAAAUUUGCGACCUGAAGAACGCUUGCUUCACGUCUGGCGAUGGCUUGUGGACGCAGAGAGCAAUCUUCAGAGUUCGAGAAGACAGCUGGAUAAACUUAGAGAGCUACGAAGUGAAGAAAUGGAGGAGAUGGAGAGCUACAUCGGGCACAUUCGGUCGCUGGCGGAGAAGCGCGCGGACCACCUGGAGUCGGAGACGCUCGCCCUGCGCGCGCGGCUCGAGUCGUCUCAGCAGCAGGCGGCCACGCUCGCCACCCUGCUGGAGAAGAGCGGCCUGGAGCGCGUCGCCGACGACAGUCUCGGGGAGCAGGUAGCAUUCCUCAUAGCAGACCGUGCCAAGCUGAUGGAGGAGAUUGAGGUGAUAAAGAAGCUGAAGUUCUCCAAUGGGGUCAAUGGCCUCAACAAGGAGAGUGAGCUUCUGUCAGAAAUUAUAAAGGUAUCUUCGGAAAAGGAGGUCCUGAGACGGGAGGUGUCUGAAAUGUGCGACCGUGUUCAGCUGUUGGAGAAGGCGUCUCGCCAAUUAGAGCUGGAUAACGAGCGGCUUGCGUUCAAGCUGUCGGAAGCGUUGGCCGAGCUAGAGGAGAGGGAAUCACAGUUGAAACACAUAGCGAACAGCGGGGACGCGAGCUUCAGCCUCCUGUGGCCGGGGUUCAGGUCCGGGGACUCCCCGCGGCUGACGUGCCGGCGCAGCAUCUCCCUCCAGCGAGGGGACUCCCCGCGGGGCAGCUUCCGCCAGUCCAGCCUCAGCUCCGCCAAGAUCGGGAGUGAAGUGACCAAAGUAGGCAGCGUGGACAGCGGCCAGGGGCAGGAGACCAGCACCCAAACCGACCCCAACGACCACGAGAAGGAGGCGGAGGGCCACAAGUCCCUCUCGUUAGAUCAGCGAUCGCACAGCUAUGGUGCUGAUUCAACACCUCCGAGCUUGUUACUAAGCGAGUUCAGUUGUGGCUCUCCGAAGAAGUUGGCAAGUCUUCUCGAUUCACAGAUAGCUGCAUCCCGCACUGAAUUGGUUCGUUUGGAAGAGAUCAAGAAAUUGCAGUGCGAGAGCGAAGGUCUGAAGAGCCAGCUGUGUGCUGUCACCGAGAAGUACAAUGGACUCGCGAUGCGGCACAUCCAGUACAAGGCAAAGCGAAGGGCGCAGGUUGAUGAACUUAGGAGCCGGCUCGACGCGGAGGUUGGCUCCCUGCAGUGCCAGGUGGACAGCCUGCAGUCGCAGCUCAGCGUGCAGCGCAAGGUGCUCAUGGCCGAGGAGAGCUUCCGGGAGAGAGUGGAGACUGACUACCGCCAGCUGCAGGAGGAGAAGCGCACCCUCAUGGUCAGCGUGAUGCAGCUGGAGAGCUCGCUGCGGGAAAAGGAGCGCGAGCUCACGGUGCUGGCGCGCAAGAUCGCGCUGCUCGAGACGGCCAACUCCGACCUGCUGGCCAAGGUGCUGCAGCUCAAGUACGCGGCCGGCGGCCGGCGCUCCAAGGCCGCUGCCGUCCCCAAGAGCAACAGCGCCGAGGGCAUUCUCACCGACUUGGGGACCGUGUGACCCUUCCACCCUGGCUUCCAUCAGCAUGCAGUUGAAGUGUGAGAGUAUAUUUACAUGCGACAGUAGCAUGCUGCAAUGCCAGUGGCCAGAUAUGAUCUCCUAAACACUAAUGUUAAAUCCAUCCAGCUGUACGUUUACAUAUUUAUAUUUUCAGUUCAGUUAGUUGUAUGUACUUCAUUGUUCUUUGUCCUUCAGACCAAUUUUUUUUAUUAUUAUUUAUUUACAUAUAAAAAAAGGGGAUAUGAAAGACUUUGUUUGUAAAAGUAAAGUUUGGGUGGCAAGGAAUGUCUGUUGUUCGGUGUGAUCAAAUGGGCGAAACUCUUUGCACUGGGCAUAAAAAAUAUUAAAUGUGGAAAAAUGUGAAAUAAUUUUUGUGCCUGUGUGGUAAGUGGAAAUGCUAUGUAUAAUUAUUUAGCCCAUCUUAAACUGUUCAGUGAGAAAUGUUAGGAUGUUACCAUACGGCUGUGCAACGUUGGAACGCAGUUUUGAUGACUGUUUUAUGAUUGCGUUCUGUCCUUAAUGUAAAUGACACAUUUGAGAAUAAAGAACUCAAGAUCAUUCUUCUGUAUGGACACUUGUGUGUAUUUAGCUCAAAAAUUCAUACAACAAAUUUUUUUGUUAUAAUUUUAUACAUCAUUAUUGAAAGUUUUUGGAAUACAGUAAAACCUUGAUUUUACACCACAAAAAUACUAUAUAUAUAGGUAUGGUUAUCCCUGGUUUACACUUCUUGUCUGCGUACUUUUAGUAAAACUUUUUCUGCUAAGUAUAUCUCCCUUGGCCAGUGUUGAAAGAGAGACAUAUUUUAAUUUGUCACAUUGUUAUUUUUUGUUUACAAUGAUAUCAUUAGUUAUUGUUUUAUUAUGUAACCAAACAUAUAUAUGAAAUUAUAAAACUCAUAAGCAUAUAAUCUACUCCCAAUUUUUUAUCACAUAAGAUUUAACUCUAUAAUCACCAAGAAAUUCAUUUUUUAAUAUUAAUUUUCAUUAAGAUAGUGAUUUAAAAAGAAUAUACAGAAAGUUUAAAAAGGUAUUUAUUCAUUGAAAAAAAAGUAAAAAAAAAAAAAGUGUUCUGAAUUAUGGACUUGUGUUCUGAAUUUUAAAAUUUUUGCUGUCUCAAAAUGUCAUGUGUACUCUUUCUUUGGUUGUAUUUACAUACAUGAAUAUUUACUUGAAAAUAGUACAUUAAAAGUGUUUUAAAUUUCAUGGUAUUAUAAUGGCUGUCUCAUCUUUUCUGCACAUUGUCUGAAUACUCAUACAGUAAAAUAAUUGUCUCUCCUAUAGCACUUAAUAGCAAUGGAUCAUUUACAGGAUGUCUGCUAUUUUUUUUAAUGACAUGGUGUUACAUUAUUUUCCAUUUGCAUAGCAGAAACCUGAAAAUAUUUACAAUAAAAAUGUAUUCAAUAUUUUUGUAUGCUACUUUUAAGGUAGUAAUUCUGAUGUGAAAUUGGUGAGAGAUGUUUUCCAUUCUUGUUUGUGAUUUGGAACUGUUUUGACCAAUUAAUUUGCUUAUGAAAGUAGUCUUCAUUUAUGAAGGAUUUUUGUAGUUAGUAUAAAUAAGAUUGCUGCACUCAUCAUUAAUACAACCAGUAUAAAAUAAAAUAUGUAUGUUAAAUUAGGAAGUAAAUAUGCUAAAGUUUCUUUUGCUAGAAAAUAGAAUGUUGGAAGUACCUUACGUAUUCCAACUAAAGGCAGAUAAUUGAAGAGAUGGAAAAUAUUCAUUCAUUAGAAUUUUUUUUUGACUUAUCUGUUGUGUUUAUUCAAAACAUUACGUACCUAUGUUAUUUGUAAGUACCCAAGUAGAUAUUUGAUUUUUAGUGUUUCUUAAACUUUCACAUGCAAGCUGCAGAGUUGUCACGUAUGUGAGUUUUACAGUAAACGUGCUUUAAUCUGUAGGGACAACAUUUUAUGGUAUUAUUUUUAUGUCAAUUUUGUUUUUAAAACAGGUGUUUUCUGUGUUAUGAUUUUUAUUUUUUAAAUUGCUUUUAUUCAUAAGAAAUUGUGUAUUAUUCAGAUCUAAUAUAAAUCUAAAAUAUUUCUUAAUGCUUUUUCCAGUCAAAUAUUUACAGUUUGACUGACACAUAAUCCACUUAUUCAAUAAAAUCAUUAGUAAUAAGCAUGUCUGGAACAAAAAUACUUGUAAAAAAAAUUAAAAUGCAAUCUUUGUGUGUUUGAAAAAUCUGCCAUGAUUAAUGUAAAAACUUGUUGCUAAAAACUGAUGCAAGAUCAAACAAUGUACGUAAUAUUAAUUUUUUCCCAUACAUUUAGUUCAUACAUUUUAAUAAAAAUUCAUGCUAAGUAAAUUACAUUCGACGAAUUUACCAUAGUAAAAGAAAAAUUUUCUUAAUUUGAGUUAAAUGCUGUCAAACUGUCACUGUCAAAUUGUUUCAUGUUUUUUGGUACGUUUCGGUGCUAAAUGAUGUACAGCAAAACCCCUUAUUUGCACUUUUCAUGGGGACAAAGUAAAAAAGUGUAAAAAGCGGGAAAGUGUAAAUAAAGGGAAAAGUAUAAAAAGGAGUACAGUUUACCUUAUUUAGAAUUUUUUUCCUUUUGUUUAAUAGCACAUACUACAAUGCAGGUACAAACACACUAACAACAAAUUUUACUUUAGUAUUUAAUCCAUUAUUAAUUUACCACAUUUGACAAAAAUAAAAAAAAGAAUGAAAGCCAAAAUGUUUUUCUGAUUACUUCCUAAAAAUAAAUUUGAAAUUUUCUUCUGCUUGCUUUUUUGGCUGUUCAAGAUUAUUUGCCUCUCCAAAUUAUAAAUACAGUUGCAACCGGCAGGGUUUAUAACAAAUACGGGCUACAUACACAUUGCUCACAGUAAAAAUUUUUUUAAGAAAAGGCCGCAAAUUGUUGAAUAUUUACCGUCAAUAGCGCGCCAAACGCGGAGAAAGGUCAUUGUACUCGGUCAGCUGCUGUAACGACGCGGCGGCGCAUGCGCACUCUAUGCUCCGCCCAGACUCAUGACGCCAUCAGCCGCCAACCAAUAGAUGCGAGCUUAGCGGAAAAAAAUAUAAGCUCCACCUCCCGUGUACCAAUUUUAUCCAGUUCUAAUACCAGUUUAUUGGUAUACGCACCAGUUUUCUCGCUGCCGUGACAUGUUCAAGUUUACGUUUAUCAUGAUGUCUUGAUACCAAUAAUUAAUUAUUUACGAUCCCCAGAAAUAAAUGGUUAGUUUAAAAAAUAUGGCGUCAACUGUACAACACUUCCCAAAUUAUAAAAGACGUAUAAAACAGUUACCAAGACACCGCUCAUUUUAUCUUGUGAAGUUUAUGUCUCGUACCAGUAUUUCGGCUAAGUUGUGACAUAAAUACAGUAUCAGAACUUACAAGCAGCCAUGUUUGUACAUUCAUGAGUUUACGUUUUUCCCUCGUGCAUUUUAGAUUGUCUCCUGCUAUAAUUACUCGUACUUUUACACGCCUAGGCUUAAAUUAUUACAUGUUUAGAAAUAAAAGCAACUUUUCAUGUUAUAAAAUAUGUAUAUUUUGCUAUUUAAAAUGUUCAUUGCCUACUAGCUCCACGGUAUUUUCUGGUUGUUUAUGGUUGUUACGUGACGUAAAUAGCGGGAUUGAUUCGAUUUUUGAGACGUAAUUCGCGGGAAAGUAUUGUAUUGGACUAUAUGGGAACCAAACGGGACCUGAAGAAUAUAGUGCAAAUAACGGGAAAACGUAAAUAACGGUAACGUAAAUAAGGGGUUUCGCUGUAUUAACGUCCAUUUUGUUGUUUUAUGUUGAAUUCACAUGGUUUGCAUUUUUUUUUUUUUUUUGCAGUUGUAUUGCCAUUUUUCAUAUUAUCUUGUCCCUAUUCAUCCAGUAUGUUUGGGACUACAGCCAUGCUAAAUUAGUGAUUUUUUGCCAAUUAUCGAAUGUCAGUAUAGUUUCAACAAGAAUAUAAAAUGUGAACAAGUGAAAAGUAACCAGCUAGAAAUCAGGAAAUACUGUACUGAAAUGUAACCGACAGUAACUAUAAACUUCUGAGCGCACUAAACAUGCCGGCAGAGAAGUAGCGACCAAGGUCCCGAAAUCCACCCGAAAAAUCUGGACGCGUCUCGAUUGUUGGUGGAUUACAGAAUGUAUCGGACCAUACAAUUAUGAUUUUAACAAAUAUUUUAUUUUUUAUUUUUUUAAAAAGCUGUAAAUUUGCUCAUUUGGUUUACAAUUUGUGAAACUUUACAUGACUUGUUUUUUUGACAUGGUUUACCUAGCUUUCUGGCACUUUAGUAAGCCUGUUCGCACUGUAGUAUGUACUGUGCUUGUAGAACCAGUGAAACUUUUGUUAUGGAAGUUGUGAUUUAUUUGGUUCAUGUAUCUUCGUUUUUAAUCUUUACGUAGGCUGUUAGUAGUAAAGUAAGUAUUAAUGUUAAACUAGGUAUAAUCAUCUGUAACUAAAUUAUUGGCGUAGCAUACAAAUUUUCUUUUAAGUGUUUUUAAAGUGGUUGGGUGUGGAAAUAGCAUGGUAUUUUUCUAGUCAAUGUUUGAAAUGGAACAGAUGUGUUUUUGACUAGUUUUUGAUGUGUUUCAUUGCUUAUGAAGUCCUUGAAAUUCUAAUACCCUGCUCCUGUGACCUAGUCAGUGUUGUUUUAAAUCAGUUUAUAAUAGAAAUGGGUAAAUAGUGUAGACUUAGUAUGUAUAACCUUGACUAAUUAAAUCGUCAUGUUUUUGUAUAUAUAGUUCACAAAUUACAUUAAUUAUUGCUGUUAUGUCUGUACAUAUAGUAAAAAAAAUGUUUUAUUUUUGCCUGUAGUUCUAUUAUUUUUUUCACACAAUUUAUUAUCUUUAUACAUUCAAUUUAUUUAUGAUUUAUUUAGUUACUUACUGUCUUUUGUGUAUUCCAAUGUACAAACAAGUUCUAUGAAAUAAUGAGUUUUUUUUGUGAGAUUUAAAUUUUGAUUUGUCUUUGUGGUUGUGGUAGUAAAAUUUUUAAUGAACAAAGUUACUGUCGCAGUGCUCUUCGAUAAUAUUUUCCAUCUAAGUAUGUAUUUUUAGUGAGGACUAAAUGAAGUUAUAUUUUGCGAUCAAAGUACCUAAUAUGUUGUGAUAUCGAUAGGUAUACCUUUGACAGGUUUUCUAAAAAUAGUUGUUUAUUAUCAUUAAUUGGUGAUGGAAAUAUGUUCAUUAUGUUUCUACUACUUUUGGGCCAUAAAAUCAUGUUUUCUUUUUAGCAUGUGUGCAAAAUUAUUUAAACUUUACUAUCAGAUAAACAACUUAAUUUCUUUUGAUUGUUUUGCUUUUGUGAAAUCUUGAUUUUACAAAACAUUUGUUGCAAAAAAAUGUUUUUAUGAUUUCAUGAAUAUGUCUGGAUAUGAGCCAAGAUAUUUGAUCUUAAGUGAAUUAACAUUUCAAAUUACUCGGAUAACAUUUAGCAAUAAUAACUAUAGAUACUAUUCAAAUAAGAGCUUACAUAUGUUUGUAUAUUUCUAGUCAGUUUUAACGUUACAUUUGAAUUGUUUUGUAAUAACUUGAUUAUGUUUGUGUUUUAAAUUAAAUCUCGCCCUUUUUUAUUGGUUGAUCUCACAUUGUUUGCAAGAGACUCUUGGAUGUUCAGUGGUUUAUCUAGUUCUGUUCUUUUUUGAAAGUGAUAUUCAAGGUUCUUUUGUUAAUGUACAAUAUUAAAAUGAGUAGUAUUGUUUAAGUAAAAAUAUUGUAUUUUUCUUGUAUUUAAUUUUUUUUAAUAUGUAACAUCCGCUAGCUGUUGUACUUGGCAGUAUGUACUAGGUAGUGUAUAUGAAAGCUACUGCCAAAGUAAGUAAUAUUUCUUGCUCAAAGUAAAGGUCUGAAUUUUUAAACUGUGCACUGAAUAAAAAUGACUAGAAUACUUUCAACGGAUUUUGGUAGAUAAAAAUAAAUAAAUUUUAAGUGGUCAAUUAUGUAAAAAUAAGUGCUACGUUCAUACAGAGCUGAUUCUGAUAGUCUAGUCUAGUAUGACAAUUUUCAGUUUGUCUAUUCAUUCACAGCAGAAAGUCAGGCUCAGGUUCAUAACCUAGCACUUUCAGCCACCUCUGAUUCAUUCACACUGUUGUUAAUUAACGUUUGCCAGAAAUUCUGGAAUGAGAUGGAAGUUAAGAUGCAGCUCGGUUUGUAAAUUACUUACAUAUUUCUUUGCUACGCUAUAAAAUUUAUUCAGUUUAAAAAAAAAAUUACCUCUGAUUUUUAUUCGGAACAAUAUAUUUGUUUUUAAGUUUUUAGUGAGCUUGUGAACAUCUUUUGUCUUGGUCUUGCAUUUUACGUUUUAUUUGGAGUCUUAUCUCCUACACAUCACAUUGACUACAGUCACAAUUUUUAAUUUUUAACUGCCUCUGUCACCCAUUGUUUUGUAGCUAACCCUUCCAUGCUGUUUUUUUUUUAUGGAAAUUUUCGGCUUUCUCUUCUAGGGUGUUUGCAUCUUGAAAAAUUGUGCAUUAUUACGACAUGUAGGAUUUCAGCUUCUGUGAAAAGUAGUAUAGAGAUUUACAUAGAGCAUACUUUGUAAUUCAUUUGCAUUAGUACUUGUAUUUAAUUACAUAAAAUGAUACACAUGCAUUUCAUGAUCUGGGUUGUUAAAACACAUUCGUUUUGAUGUAAAUUAUUUCAAGGUUAGUUUCCUUUAAGAUGUGAUUAUUUCUAAAGCUUGUUUUAAGUUGAGUUGGCCCUAAUUUUUGUAGUAAUGUUGCUCAUAUAAACAUUUGGAAAUAGUUCAUGUAAACACAGUAAAUUUUCUAAUUUUUUCGGACAGUUACUAUAGAAUUUUAAUAGACUAUGCAUGCAUUAGUAUCCACCUUAGUGUCCAAAGAAUUGAUUGUAUGUUUGUUUUCUUUAAAAAAAAAAAAAUAUAUAUAAGUAUUUGUAUACUGCAAUUUUUAUUCUGUAAAUUUUAAUCUGCACUGAAAAUAUAAUUUUUGUAAUGAUGGUUAAAUGUGAUAAUUGUACUUAAGAUUAGUUGUAUAUGUAUAUAAUAGUACAAAAAAUAUAUUUUUGUCUUGUUUCGUUAUUUGGCGGUGAUACUGUUGUGUGUCCGGCUUUGUUGUAAAAAUUGUGAUUCCAAUCAGUAUGCCAUGAUAAUUUUAUUCUAAAGUUUUUCAAGAUGCUUAGCUGUGUAAAUAUUUCAUUACUAAGCCAAUACCAUAACUAAAAGUGUUAUUGUUGUGAAAUUUUUUCUUUUACAUUGUAGGUUUUUUUCCUUAUUUGUUUGUUCUUCAUAUAACAGAGGGUGGAAAACUUAAAAGUAGAAUAUUUUUCAGUUGUUUUCUAGUGUGGCCAUACUACUUCUACCUAAAACUAGAAAUCUUGAACAGUAUUGUGGAUAGCUGGGUAGCAACAAUUUUUUUUCCACAUUAGAUUUAAAAAAAAUAUUGCGACUGCUGCAAUAAUUGUUACAUACGUGUAUAUUAUGUAGAUAAUGCAUGCUUCAUACAUAUAUCGUAUAUUUUUCUCUUAGGUCCUCAACCUCAUCAUAUGCGUAAAUGUUGGCAAAGUUUUCAAGAAAUUAAUUAAUUAAACCUGAAAACAUUUGUGAAGAAUUUCGGGAAUCUUGGUAGUACUUAAUAACAGGAAUUACUAAUCCUUAUUCAUGGUGUAAAUAGGUUUCUAUUUACUGGCUCAUUCAGAGUAAAAAAGACUUGCACUUUCACAGCUGGCUUUAAAAAAAAUCUUUAGUGUUGGCAUUAAAACUUAAAAGUUGAUGCCUGUUAAUCUACCAUAAAUAGCUUGUUGUAGAGUUACAGGUUUUGGAAUGUAAUAGUAACUGAAGAACAAUUUUUUAAUUGCAGUGGAAAAACAUGAAAUGCUUAUUUGAUUUUUCCAUUUUCAAUUUUCACUUACAUGUGAAGAGAUUUAAAACCAAAAAAUUUUCUGAAGUGAGGUUGGGUUCCUUGUCACAGUUUCUGUGUGUGAAUAAUCUCAAACCGUUCACGGAUUCUUGGUGUUGAAACGUUUUUUUGUUCACUGCAACCCUGCAGGCACCUAAAACUUCCUAAGGUUGAUUCAUCUUGCAUGCAUCUGUGAUCUUUGAAUGUGUUUGAGUUUAUAUUUUCCCCCUGUAAUGGCCAUGGUUGUGAUUCAAGCGUAACUUCAAAACAUUUCUUCUCAAGACCAAUAAUAUUAUUUUUGUAACAUGGUGCCAAAUAUUAAGAAACAAAUACUCUUUACCUCUUGUUGAAACAUUUUUGAAGGUCAACUUUUUUGUCUUGCUGGAAUGUUGCAGAUGAUAUGUAUAUUAAAGCUGCAUUUCUUUGAGAAAAAAAAUAGUGUUGUUAUGCAAAGAAAAAUACAAUAAAAAGUGUUGGAUAUAAGUUUUAUUUUUUACCCUUUUUUACUUUGUAUAAAUUCUUGCAUGCUAAGUUUUCUAUAGGUUUCAACAAUUGAUUACUUCAGAGAGCUCUUCUAUUAAAAAAUAUCAUAGUAGGUCUUAGUAAAAAGUAACUUAUGUGAAUUUCUAAAAUUAAUAAAGUAAAGCAAUUUAUAUUUUUCAUUAGAAAUUUUUAUGUUGUACAUUAAUUAAAAGAAUAUAUAUUAUUUUCAUUUUAUAAAGUUUCUUGUGAACUAGUCAGACUGCAUUUUGUAUUUGGAUUUGGAUUUUAUGAUAGGCCUAUCAUUUAGGCAAAUAAGUUGCUUAUAGCAACUAAAGCAGUAAGUCAUGUACAUGUAUGUUCAGUACAGUUGUCUGUGUCAUUUAAGUUAAUUGCCAACACCAGUCACUCUAAGUAGGGUGUACACCUUUUAGGAAGUCAGGGAGAAGUCAGGGAAAGUUAUGCUAUUAACUUGUAAUCCUGUAAAAGUAAUGUAUAUUCCCAAUGAUAGUAUUUGAGCGGAAAAUGGUGUGGUACAGUCUGCCAUCACCUAGAUUGUAAAAGCAUUUUUUUUCCUCAGAUGGUGUUUAGUGCACAGUUUUACAUGCCAUAAAAUUGUGAAUGUAUGUACUGUUUGAAUUUUCAUUUGUUGUUUAAAAACAAAUAAAGUGGAGACAUAAAUAGGUCAGCUAUGGGGAUGGUGUAAGCUAAAUUUUCUUAAUUUAAUUUUGUGAUUUAGAGAAUUGCAUAAUAUGUAAUUUAAAAAAAUGGGUGCAUGUACUACAUAUGUUAGCACGUCAGAAGUUAUAUUUAAUUGGCGUAGUUAAAAACUAACUUAAAUUUUGCAAGCAAAAAUUAAAUAGAAUUAAAAUAAUAAAAAGUUUGGAGUGAUAUUAUAAAUACAGUUGGUAAAGCAUAAAUUCAAUCAAAUUAAAAAUUCAGUAACCAGGCGUACCAUAGUCAAUGGACUCUGGAAGUUGCGCCUAAUACCAAUGGAUAGCAGUUAAUGUUGAAUGUAAUCUAGACAAUUGUAUUGAAAUUUGUUGUGCUCGUCACCAGUUAAACCCAGUGUGUAAUUUUGUUAGCUAUUUGGGACUUAGUAGGUGUGAUUACUAAGUGAUGUGUUCCUUCGAUGAUUAUUUACAGUUGUCCUUGUGUUUGUGUAAUGAGCAAAUGUAAAGGACUUUGGUAUUAUCAUCACUGCAAUAUGAGAAUAUUUUUAGAUUGGAUUCUAAAAAACACAUUGGUGCACUUAAUGCAUUAAGAGGGACUGGAAAUUUUUAGGGUUCUCUAAUACACCAUAUCCAACCUCAAGAGUUGAGAGUUUAGAGUUGUGACUUAAGAGUUGCGAAAGUAUGUGAAAGUAGGUAAAGGUGUACAAAAAAAUCAUAUGCUGUUACUGCCAUCAGUAACCCCAUGCCAUCGAGCAAUCACUUAUCGGCUAUCUCUCUCUCUCUCUCUCCCUCCCACACUCUCUUUUUCCCAUCCACAUCAACAUUAAAAAGUAACACAAACAUUAAAACACGAAAACCUCGUAUAAAAAGUACAACUUUAAAAAUAAUUCGGGAGAUUUAAAAUUUUGGUCAGGAUAUUUUAUUGCAGAUUUGUGUGGUCAGUGUGCUGAGAUAAAGUUUUUUGUA